UGCUCCAGCGCAGAAGUAGGAUGAGGAUGUCCUCGUUAUGUAAAACGCGUUUGCUACUUGUGCUUUGAAGGCGCUCAUUUUUUGGGAGAGUUUCGCAGGAGAUUUCUGCACUUUGUACGUUCAGGAGGAGGAAGAGGAGGAGGAGGAGGAGGAGGAAGGGGGCAGCGGCGCUGCAGUCACGUCGAGCUGCUAGUUGUUGUUCGGUAGCAACACACUGGCUGGUGCGCAAACUGAGAGCUGCCUCCCGUGUUCAUGCCAAGUGACGGAUAUACGCGACGUGUGUGUGUGUGUGUGUGUCGGGCAGCAACACUCGCAGGCGUGCUCGGCGUCGGGAGAGUAAGAUGAGCUUGAAGGGGUGAAAAGAAAAGAGAGAGAAAAGAAGAAGGCAGCCUGAGCGAGGAAGGAGUGCUGCCUCCCCUCGCCAGAAGAGAGUUGUUCGCUCCGUCGCUUCUCCGCCACUCGUCGAUAUAUUUCAAAGGGGGGGUUCGCUUCCUCGAGUGUGUUGGGAGGCGAAACAUCGGCAACAUUCGCGUUUAUUCCCCCCCCCUCUCUCCCUCUCCGGUCGAGCUGCAUCGGGGAGCCAGUCGGACGGGCGGACUCGCCUCACCUAGCCAUCUGGGACAACAAGGUGCCCGACGGGCUCCUGGCGCCGCUGGAAGCCAGACGAGGUCGUGGACGACACGGAGAGCUGCGGUACGGCCCUGUGGAGAAGCAUGUGAUGACUCACGCAAGGCAGAAGGGUUCCCUCAGGCAGAGCCGCAGUAGUGCUGAGUGGUCGGACAACUGUCCUCUUUGGCCACAUGGUGGCACUAUGGGCGGCGCCUGGCCUGAGCGCUCUCUACGAUUUGGCAGGACAAAGAAGAUAUGUGAUGUCAUCAAACAAGGGAAAGAUAGAGGCAAGAAGAUGACUCAAAAGAGAGAGAGAAGAGAGAAAUCUGAUCAGAACAGAAAACUUGACCGACGGCGUGACAAGAAAUUGGACAGGAAGUUGUAUCCCUUGAGGGGUCGGGCUGGGGGUUCAGGUGAGGAGGGGCUCAGCUGCCAUGUCCUCCUCACUCGACUGGAGGAAAGCAUCCGUGAAAAGAAGAGUUCUGAAGAAAGGGAAAGCCACCAUCCACGCCAACAGUUGUCCCUCAAACUCAAACCCAAACCCAAAAAAGGGAAACGCAAUGAAAGACGAGAGGCGAAGAAUUCACCAAAAAACAAAUCAAAAUCUGUCGGCCCAAGUCAUGGGGAUUGUAUUGAUGUCUUACAACCGCGCAAGCGAAGACUGGCGUCUCUCAAUGCUGAGGCAGUGAACAGUCUUCUGCUUGAAAGGGCUACUGACCCUCAGCCAGCAGCCAAACAGGCCAAGAGACAGGAGGAACCCACGAAUGGACGGGGUUCCCCACAUGCAGACUCAGCCAGAAGUGGUGUACCCGGAGGUCUGAAGGCUUCACGAGGUCCAAAGGCUUCACGAGGUGUUAGUAAAGUUCCUACGUCUCCUAGACUUGAACUGUGCCAAAGCUCUAAGAUGGUCAGGAAGGCCAAAGUCAAACGUGGUGAGGAGAGCGGGGAGAUGAGUCAGGAGAGACUGGAUGCUCCUGCCCCCAGACGAUUGGCUGGACUCAACGCCGCAGCCCUGCUGAAGUUAACCAGCUCCUCUGCUACCAGCAAACAGAGAUUAAAGGCUUCACCCACAGCUACCAUCACAUCAGACUGCAAGGCUCCGACUGCGGUCUCAGCCCCAAAGCAGGACUCGAGAGUAAAACUCGGACACAAGGGGCGACCACAAAAGCAGAAGGGUAAGAAGGCCCCCUCCCCGCACACAGACUGCACAGCCUGCAAGGAGAAGGCAGACUUUGAGUCUAAAGUGGACUGGGAGACCAACAGCUGCACCCAUAGACUGACCAAACCAGGCUACCAGUCACGCAGCAUGCUAGCAUACCCGCUAAAGCAAGUGAAGGAGGAGCAGCUGGAGACCGAACUGAGCCCGUACUACUGCUGUCCCCCAGAGGGCUCAGUGGAAUACUGCCACCGUUUGGCCUUCUUUCUGGGCCAACAGCCCUACGGAGAAUCAAACGAACAGCCCAUUAACACAGCCAUGACCCCUGUGAAGCGUGAGUGCCUCGUAACCUCACCGUCCCUGACCCAUUCCCACCCGCACACGGCCCUGACCCUCAGCCCCCACCCCUGCCUCUGCACCGCUGACCACUGCUUCUCCAGUUACUACGUCCACAUCGCCCACCCGACACACACUGGAACAACGUCACCAGCCCUGGCCUCACGACCUCUGAACUUUGCCCCUUCCAGUUUGUGCCCUAAUCGGAUGAGAGGCCCCAAGCUCCUGGGUUCGCGGCUGUCCAACGCCUCGGGUCUGGCCCACCCCGCCUACUGCAACUCUGUGGCUUCGCCCUGUUAUGGUGAUGCCUGCGGGGUCAAUGGCUACACCUACAGAGCCAUGCCUCCCGUCACCAGCAGGGGGUGUUCUUUCAGCACAGGAUGCACUGGAUGUACACAUAGCAUCAAAACAGAGGGUUACGCCUCCCCUCAGGGUGACCACAGCCCCUCUCUUCUGGUGUCCCCCUCCCUGCCCGUCUCCAGCUGCCCUCUAUCCACUGUGCCCACUUCCACCCAGACUAAACCCCACCUGCUGACCCCCCUGUCUGGGCGAGACCAGCCCCAGGCCAGGUUAAAGCUGGCCAGGGAAUGCCCUCAGAGCACCAAGCCCUCCAAUGGCUCCCUGUCCAUAGGUCGCACACGGCUGCCUCAGAAACAGCCGUCAACCGUGCCAAGCCUGAGCAGCACCAAACAAAAGAAAAUCAGCCGCAGACGGGCCACCAAUGGCUGGCGGCCGGUUGGAAUACCCUCAGAGAGGGAUGUCUUCAUUGCGGGAGAGGAUGUGACGGCCCUGCGGCAGUGUUAUGAAGGCGUCGAGAGGGACGGUGAAGUGAUACAUGUCAGAGACACUGUGCUGCUGCGAUCGGGCCCCAGGAAGAAAUCCCUCCCAUAUGUUGCCAAGAUAUCUGCGCUGUGGGAGGACCCCAAAACCGGGGAGCUGAUGAUGAGUCUUUUCUGGUACUACCGACCUGAGCACACCCAGGGAGGCCGAGAUCCCAGCGCACACUGUGAGAAUGAGAUUUUCGCCUCUCGGCAUCAGGAUGAAAAUAGUGUGGCCUGCAUAGAAGACAGAUGCUAUGUUCUCCCUUUAGCCCAGUACUGUAGAUUUUGUGCCUUGGUGAAGCGGCGCGCCGAAGGCGUCCCAUCUGGCAGCGCCAGCAUGGUGCCCUGCUGCCCCGAAUUCGCGCCCCCCUCACACCGCUGUGUGCCCACAGACGUUGACCCCGAGCUGGUAUAUCUCUGCCGGCACGUAUACGAUUUCCGCUACGGACGCAUCCUGAAGAACCUGCAGUAGAGGAUCGGGGGAAUGGUGAACGCCAGGAUGAACUUGGCUCCUGUCAGGACCGCGGUUCCCCCAAAGCAUCUUAGCACAACAAUCAUGUUUGUUCCAUUUGUAAACCAGUGGCUUGGGGAUGGUCUGCAGCUAAGGUGCUUCUGGGGGAAGACAAGCCUGCACUGUCAGCUCAAUGUUAACGGUGUUCCCCCAGCCAGGGUGGAGGAGCAGCUAAUGGAGAGUGUCGUCUUAUUUCCCCUGAUUUGAGUUUGUCUCUGUGAGUGUGUGUGCGAAAAGAGAGUGUUGUCAGUAUGGAUAACUGGAUAAAUGUGUGUAUGUGUGAUGGUUCUUUAGGAGGCUUUCGGGCAAUCAAACCAAACAAGCAGCUUUAGAGGAAGUUGGUCUCUCUCUCUUGCUCUCUCUCUCUCCGUCCUCUCUCCCGUGUGCCACAGCACACUGACACUGACGGAGACAUUUUCAUCUCGAGUGACACUCUGCGUAAACUAAGUUACUGUACCUGAAGGGGUUAUGUGAGGAAGACCUAUCCUUGCCAAACUCAACUCCAGAGUGAAGCUUCUUUAACUUUCGGGACAGGACACAAAAAAAUGUCUGGAAACUGAUUUAACUAAUUAAAACAUGCGCAACAAUAAAAUAACCACUUAGAUGUUAAGAUUAAUUUUUCUUCUCAGCCACAGUCCUAGUUUGGAGAAGUCUUUGUUCUAGAGAGGCCCUUUUCAGGGUCCAAUGGAGAGAGCCCCCUCCUGAAGAGCCCCUUAUCAAGAGGAGGGCCACUGUUUACGGAUUUGUUUUUCUGCUUGUUUUGUUUUUUGUCAUAUUUUGUCACCAUUGCUGUUCCCUGAGACUUGCCUUAUGACUUGCAGGUCCAACUGUAGGCAGCUAGUCUCACCACACUCGACUAGGAAGUGGUAAUAUGGAUUUUUUGUCGUCGGCUGCUGAUCAACUGAGUCGGCAGCGAAGUGUCUUGUCCAAAACCCCAAAGAUAUUAAGUUUUUAUUAUCAUGUAGAGACGGAAAAACAUAAAAUCUUCACAAUUAAGAGGCUAAAAACAUAUUUGUAUUGGUAUUUUUGCAUUUAAAAAAGAUAAUUGCUAAAAUAAUGAUUAGAUUAUCAAAAUAGAUGAAGAUAAAUUUUUCUGUCAAUUGUCAAAUUUUGCAGCUCUUACACUGGUUAGAAAAACGGGGGGAACUUUUCAUGUUGUCGACCUGCUUUGCUCUAGCUGCUCACUUUUGCAUCCUGAAGUGCCACAACAUCUGGGAAAUGUCUAUUCUACCUGCUCUAAUUCUACACACACAUUGAUUUCUUUCUUCUUCCUCCUCCUCCCCAAAGACAAACCAAAGGAUGUCACACAAGCCAGAGUCCCUGUCUCUUCCCUCACACUUAUUCCUCCCCCUGCCCCCUGUCCCUUAUUAUAUUGCACUAAUCCAUUCCCUUAAUUAUAACAAACAUUAAAAAAAGCUACUAAUAUCGUCCCGGGGGGGGCAUACUGUUUAUCAUUUGUGUGUGUGUGUGUGUGU